GACGGAGUGAAUGAGUGGCGAUUUUCGGCAUUUCAUUGAAUUUCGUCUUCCGAGUCGGCUCAGAUAAUAGGGUCAAAUUAUUGAUAAAAUGCGUGUUAUAUUUUUUGCCACCUUGGCCCUUCUGGGCUUUGCCUUCGGAGACGAUGUCACCACAGAAGAAAACGUUCUUGUCCUAACAAAAGGGAACUUUGAUAGUGUUGUUUCCAGCACCGACCAUAUCCUAGUAGAAUUCUAUGCACCAUGGUGUGGCCACUGCAAAUCUCUCGCGCCGGAGUACGCCAAAGCGGCUACCAAACUUUUAGAGGAAGAAUCUCCCAUUAAACUAGCCAAAGUAGAUGCUACACAGGAACAAGACCUCGCUGAAAAUUAUGGUGUAAGGGGUUAUCCUACGCUCAAAUUCUUCAGAAAAGGCAACCCUAUAGAUUAUACAGGGGGCCGUCAAGCUGAUGACAUUGUAGCUUGGCUGAAGAAGAAGACUGGACCUCCUGCUGUGGAAGUUACAUCAGCAGAACAAGCCAAAGAGUUGUCGGCUGCUAGCCCUGUUGUAGUAUUUGGUUUCUUCAGCAACAAAGAUUCCGAGAAGGCCAAGGCAUUCCUUGGUGUGGCUACUGUUGUAGAUGAUCAAGUCUUUGCUAUUGUGAGUGAUGAAAAAGUUAUCAAGGAAUUGGAAGCUGAAGAUGAAGAUGUUAUUCUUUUCAAGAAUUUCGAGGAACCACGUGUCAAAUACACAGCAGAGAAAUUCGACGAAGAACUAUUCAAGACCUGGGUGUUUGUACAGAGUAUGCCUGUCAUCGUUGAGUUCUCCCACGAAACUGCUUCCAAAAUUUUCGGUGGUCAAAUCAAAUAUCAUCUCCUGUUGUUCCUGUCCAAGAAAAAUGGCGACUUCGAGAAAUAUCUGGAGGAGCUGAAACCAGUAUGCAAGAACUACCGCGACAGAAUCAUGUGCGUCGCCAUCGACACCGAUGAAGAUGACCACCAGAGAAUCCUCGAGUUCUUCGGCAUGAAGAAAGAUGAAGUACCAUCAGCUCGUCUUAUCGCUCUGGAACAGGACAUGGCCAAAUACAAGCCUGCGGUUGAUGAGCUAUCAGCUAAUACUGUUGAGGAGUUCAUACAGUCAUUCUUCGAUGGCAAACUGAAGCAGCACUUGCUCAGUGAGGAUCUGCCCAGCGAUUGGGCCGCUAAGCCUGUCAAGGUGCUCGUUGCCACCAAUUUUGAUGAGGUCGUCUUUGACAGCAACAAGAAGGUUCUCGUUGAAUUCUACGCUCCCUGGUGCGGACAUUGCAAACAACUAGUGCCCAUCUACGACAAGUUGGGUGAGCACUUCGAGAAGGACGAUGAUGUGGUGAUUGCCAAGAUAGAUGCCACCGCUAAUGAACUUGAACACACCAAGAUCACCUCGUUCCCAACCAUCAAACUGUACACCAAGGAUAACCAGGUUCGCGAAUACAAUGGUGAGAGGACGCUGGCCGGCCUCACAAAGUUCGUGGAGACUGAUGGCGCUGCCGCUGAAGCCGAACCCACCGUGACUGAAGUCGAUGAAGAGGAUGAAACGCCUACCAGAGACGAAUUAUAAACAAAUCGCGGUCAGUUCGCUGUUAUGAGACUUCCAUAGUAUAGUUCUGUAUAGAUAUAAUUACUUUUAUACUUAACACCUACCCUUUCAUUUCAUUUGCUAGACAAUCCGUCUGUUUCCAAGAAUGUAUAGGUUGUAUACUUCUAAAGCAUUUAAGAAACUCGAGGUUUUCUCUUUUAGCACUCGUUGAUAUUUAUGAUGAAUACUCGGGGUUGAUCCGUAAUCGAGUGGUUCGAUCUCUAACAUGUGCCCAAUUAAUUUAUUCGGUAAUAACUUAUUACAUAAGAACAGCAGCAUAAUUAAGUUUAUUUACGAUAACUUUAAAUUUAUAUUUAUAAUUUCUGUAUCAUAAUGGUAUUUCUUUCACAUUCCUAACAUGUAGUACAUGAUUUAGUUACAUCGAACAACAUUUUUUUUUUAUUUUUAUUAUGAAUGCGAGAUCGUUAUUUUUAUAUGUGAAUAAUGUCAGUCAUCACAAAAAUAUUAUUUUUAAAUGGAGUUAUUACAAAAAUUGUUGUAUUUUUUAUAUGGUUUUAUGUUUGCAUUGAGGAGUUUGAUUGUAUUUUGAGGUGCUUUGUCAAACUUAAAAGGUUACGACCUUAAAAAAUAUUGAUAAGAUUCUGGUAGUGAACUACAAUGACAAAUGUAAAUAAAUGAUACACUUUCUUGUUUUUCAUGCCUGCAUCCGAUGUAUCUGUUGUGGAUACAGAAAUUUAU